AUGCCAACGAAACGUUUGGGAAUGUACCACGUUCACUGUUCAACUUUGGAAAUGAUCAUGCAGACAAUGGACUCCGGACUAGAAAUCAUCAGUGACGAGCUGCGUCUCAGCGCUGCUGAGAGGAGCUAUCGUUUGGGCGGUGUGAUCUUUCAUAUUGGGCACAACGCGGCUAACGGCCAUUAUACUUGCGCUGUGAGCUGGCCUCCACUCAGUAGACUUGAUGAUCAGUCAAUCGUCGACAGCCAAAAUUUACGCCGAGGGCAGGUAGAAGCGCCAUCUGCGUUCCUUUACUUUGAUGACCGCAAUGCUUGUUUAAUUCGAGGUCGGCAAGGUAUUACACAAUUACUGGCUACACACGACCCGCUUAAUGUGGUUACUGGUCUGUUUGGAAGUCCUGGCCUUCCCAACUCCCGGAUUACAAGCAGUUGUGAUGCUAAUAAAUCAGCUCUGGAUGAUAAAAAUGACGAGACUGAGGCCGGCAUGUUUCCAUGCAACACUGAUAUUUCUUGCCAGCCAAGAACGCCUUAUCUUAUACUUUACCUACAUGAUUCCACUGCUGAGACCGAAAUAUCGGCUACCAAUACAGCCUCGAUAAACAGAGGUGGAGCCAGGAGAAGCUACAAUAAUCGCAUUGGUCGAGGUGAUCUCUCGCGAUCCAACUUUUAUUCUGGACGAAUUAGUGGUAGUAAUCCACAAUCUACACAGUCACAAGACAAUCAAGGUCGUGGAGCUCCCAGUAGACGUUGUGAAGUCGAUGAUGACCUCUACGUCCCAUAA